AUGGGUGCAAAUAAAUCACAUCCACCAUAUGUUAUAGAAGAUCAAGUUGACAAUAUUUUUUUACUCAACCAUACGGCUAUGGGCAGUGUAUCUGGUCAACAAACCAACAAUGCUGUUCCAGUUGAUUGUUAUACAAGAGCUCGCGAAGAUUUUGAUAGACGAUAUGAGUCACCUCAACACUAUCAACUUGUUUAUCGCGAUUUUCAAAUAAUGCGACCAUUAGGUCGUGGAGCAUUCGGUUCCGUUAAAGAAGUGAAAUGUAUAAAAGACCCAUUGCCUGAUUUUCUCAUUGUAUCAUCGUCAGCUGAUAUAAAUAUCAAGCCAGUAUCAUAUCGUGUCGCUUUAAAAAUCAUUAACAAAAAAAGUGCCCAUAAAAUGAAACAAGAAGAACAUGUUGUGAAUGAAAAACGUAUAUUACAAGCAUUGAACUUUCCCUUUAUAAUUAAAUAUUACUUUUCAUUUAAAGACAAUGCCAAUUUAUAUAUUGGUCUAGAAUUAAUUGAAGGUGGAGAAUUAUUUCGACAUUUAAGAGAUGCCGAACGAUUUGAUGAAAAAAAAGCAAAAUUUUAUUCAGCACAAAUAACACUUGCUCUGGAAUAUUUACAUUAUCUAGGUAUUGUUUAUCGAGAUCUGAAACCCGAAAAUCUCUUAAUCGAUAGGCAUGGUUAUUUGAAAAUGUGUGAUUUUGGUUUUGCCAAGAAAAUUGACAGAGGCAAAGCUUAUACUUUAUGUGGCUUAUGCAAACAUUCUACUUUUUCAUAUAACUCUCUUGUUUUUUUGUCAGGCACUCCAGAAUUCUUGGCACCAGAAAUCAUUCUUGGACGUGGCUAUAAUAUUGGUGUUGAUUAUUGGGCAUUGGGUGUACUAAUUUUCGAAAUGAACGCUGGUUAUUCACCAUUUUGGGAUGCUGAUCAACAAAAAAUUUAUCAUAAAAUUAUAAGUGCAAAAUUUCGUCCACGUUCUGCGUUUAGUUCAGAAUUGACUGACAUUGUACGUGGUCUAUUACAAAAAGAUUUAACAAAACGUUUAGGUUUAAUGUAUAAUGGUGUGAAUGAUAUUAAAAAACAUUUAUGGUUUCGCGACGUUGAUUUUAUACAAAUAUUUUUAAAAAAAAUUCGUCCACCAUGGCAGCCGGAUGUUAAAGUUAACAAUUUUCCCGAUGCUGAAGAUGAAGAGCCUUCAAGAUCAUCGACGAAUUUAUAUGAAAAAGAGUUUAAUGAAUUUUAA